AAAUGUGUUACCUCGAAGUAUUUUUGAAUUUGAAAAAAUAAUUUCAUUUUCAACAAAUGUCAUAUUUUCAUAAAAACACUUGUCAACCAAAUAAACACUCCAAGCCAAUAAAAAACUUGUUUAUUACAAAAAAACCAUCUAUUAAAAACAGAAAAAUGUGGAAUUCGUUUCAAAAAAAAAAAAAAAGAAAAACGUGGAAUUAUUAAUUUUUUUUUCUUCCAAUUUUUCUCUGUCGGACACUAACGAACUCAGUCGCACCUUUCUCACUCUUCUGCUCCACCCUUCUUGUGUCGUCGGCGACUCUUAAACCCUAACCCUAAACCCUAAUUUCAUGCCGAUUCAAUCUAUUUGAUUCAUCUUAAUCGCCCCCAAAUUUAACCCUAAUUUACAAAUUCGAUGAAUAUGGAGGUUGAUCCUCUGCAGUCUGAGACCGAUGCAUUGAAGCAGAAAUCAGAAGCAUUAGUAGCUUUAUCAAACAGCGCAAUUACUUCGUCGAUUUCGAAGAUUUCUGGGUCGUCUAGGGUUUUGCCUUCAGAGAAGGACUUCCAUUUUUACUAUAAUUUCGAUGAGUUUAAAGGUCCAAUUGAUGAAAUUGGGGCCAAGUCUCAGUCAAUGUUAGAACAAAUUAAUUCGGCAAAGCAGUUGUGGGGUGGUAAAGAGAUGGAAUUUCCUCAAGAUGUUGAUGAUGAAGCCUAUGAUUGGCUUGUUAAUGUUAAUGAUGAAGUUAUUGAGAAGUUUGAUGUUUCUGUGGAUGAGUUUUCGAGGUUACGGAAGGUUGAAGAAGAAGCUGCUAGGGCUAGACAUUUGGUUGAUGAAGAUGGGUUUCAGUUGGUUUGUGGGAAGAAGAAAAAGGGUCUUGGUAUUGGUGGGAUGAGAGAGAAGGAGGAAAUUGUGCCGUCUCCAUCGGUUCGGGUUGUGGAGAGGGAUAAGAAGACUGAAGGGCCGAAGCAGAAGGUGCCGUUUCAUAUUUCGACAAUUAGGAGACCGCAGGAGGAGUACAAUAUAUUGGUUAACAACACGAAUACUCCGUUCCAGCACGUCUGGCUUGAGAAGAGUGAGGAUGACUCGAAGUUCAUUCACCCAUUGGAAAAGCUAUCGGUUAACGAUUUUGUGGAUUGUAAUAUUGAGAGUCUUGAGCCAGUGAUGCCGCCGCCUCUGGAAUCUACUCCCUUUAAAAUGGUUGAAGAAGUCAAGGAUUUAAAGGAGUUAGCUGCUAAACUACGGAGUGCAAAUGAAAUUGCGGUUGAUUUGGAGCAUAAUCAGUAUCGGUCUUUUCAAGGUUUGACUUGUUUAAUGCAAAUAUCUACUAGAACUGAAGACUUUGUUGUUGAUACUUUGAAGUUGAGAAUUCAUAUUGGUCCAUACUUAAGGGAAAUCUUCAAGGAUCCUACAAAGAAAAAGGUUAUGCAUGGAGCUGACAGGGAUAUUGCAUGGCUUCAAAGAGACUUUGGCAUUUAUGUAUGCAAUUUAUUUGAUACAGGACAGGCUUCUCGAGUGUUACAAAUGGAGAGACAUAGCCUGGAACAUCUUCUCCAACAUUUUUGUGGAGUUACUGCAAAUAAACAAUACCAGAAUGCUGAUUGGAGGUUGCGUCCACUUCCUCGUGAGAUGCUAAGGUAUGCUCGAGAAGACACCCACUACUUAUUAUAUAUAUAUGAUUUAAUGAGGAUCAGGCUGCUCUCAGAGAGUACUGAUCCUGAAAAUCUUAAAGGGCUUCUUUUAGAGGUAUAUCAGCGCAGUUAUGAUCUAUGCAUGCAACUUUAUGAGAAGGAGCUUUUGACGGAUACUUCGUAUCUUUAUAUAUAUGGUGUGCAGGCAGCUAAUCUUAAUGCUCAGCAGCUAUCCAUUGUCGCUGGUCUCUGUGAUUGGAGGGAUGCUAUUGCCCGUGCUGAGGAUGAAAGCACUGGUUAUAUAUUGCCUAAUAAAGUACUAUUGGAAAUAGCCAAGCAGAUGCCUCUGACUACUAGCAAAUUACGACAUUUGGUGAAGUCUAAGCACCCAUAUGUGGAGCGCAAUCUUGGUUCUGUGGUCAAUAUCAUUAGGCAUGCGGUUCAGAACGCUUCGUCUUUUGAAGCCGUAGCUCAGCAAUUGAAAGAAGCUCGAAUUCAGAUGGCACCUGAAUUGAAUAAUGCAGGGACUGAUAUCUCUGAAGCUCAGACUGGUAGUAUCGGUGAAGGUUCUGAUGGUAGCCAGCAUGAACAAGCACCAGCUCAUCUGCAGUUGAAAGAUCCAGGUUUGAAGCUUACUGUCCAUGAUCCCAAACCAAGGAAGGAUGGAGUGUUGGUAAAGGAUAACCUUCAGAACGGAAAUAUAACAAAAGGCACUAAUGGUAGUGUUACUCUUGAGUCUCAGAGAGAACAGGUGGCCUUUUCCAUUCAGAAAAAUGUUGCCGAAACUACUGUCCAGCUGUUGAAGAAGCCUGGUCGUGCAUUUGGUGCACUUCUUGGAAGUUCUGCCUCCAAAAAGAAAACUGAUUUUAAAAAGGGUGAAGACAAGUUGGAGCAGAUCAAGUCUACUGUGAAUCUUCCUUUCUAUUCAUUUUCUUCAAGGGAACAAGAGUUGAAACCAGCAACUAAGGAACCUCCUGAAGAGCCCAACAGAACCUCUGAUGCUCAGCUUUCUGGGGAGAGCUCCUAUGAACCAAAGUUAGGAAGCAUUUCAGAAGAUGUAAUAUUGUUAGAUGGUGAUCAACGGUCCAUGCAGGCAUGUGAAGAGCCAGAUAGAGCUUCUGAGGUUCUACCCUCUGUAAGUCACCCUGUUCAAUCAGGGUCAAACACCAUGUUAGAUGAUGUUAUAUUGUUGGACAGUGAUACCAGUGACGAAGAACCAGCUGAUAGUUUAGACCGAGAUCAAAAUCAUGCGGAUUCUAAUGAUCAUCAAGUUGCUUGUCAACCAGAGAUAGUGGUUUUGGAUGAGGAUGACGAUGAGGAUAAUGAGCCAAUUUCCCUUACAGAUUUAUCAUCUAGUUUUGAGAAAUGUUUGCAGCCUAUGAAUCAGAGCCAUGCUAGCAAGCAAGAAAAGGAUCCUGAAGACACUGGUGGCUUGCAAUUUAAGCCUUUUGAUUAUGAAGCUGCUAGGAAAGAGGUGAAGUUUGGGGAACCUGCAAAGAGAGACUUGAAAACUAAUGAUAAUAACAAUCAUUCUGGGAAGAAAAAGGGCGUCAUUACUGAUAGGAGCAGUAAUGACGAAGAUUUACUUCCCCAAGGUAAAAGACGCCAGGCUUUCCCAGCCAGUGGGAAUCGUAGUGUGACAUUUAGGUGAAUUAGGGUCCUAGGGCCCCUUAGUUUCUAUUGCUUACAUAAUGUGGUAAAUAUAGUUGGAUUUGUAAAAUCUAGACGAAAUGUUGGUUUACUCAGAGAAAUGCAAAGAGUAAAAUUCCAAUGAAUGUGAUGCACUCAACUUCUGUGAAAUUCAAACUUUUACCUUUUUUUUUGUUUAAUUAAUCCUUUUUUUUAA